GUGUCCGUGGUUUCAUAUCAGAAGAAGUGUGUGAGGAGAAAAGACCAGUUCUGGCAUCCAUCCAUCCAUCUCUAUCCAUCCAUCCAUCCAUGCGCGCUCCACACUGGCUUCUUUAUUCUUAUUAUUAUUAUGGAACUGUGACCCUAACGGAGCCAGCACACUUACCCUCGCCUGCACUUUUCUCUCCACGCAAGGACUCGGAUAUUUGCGGGGUGUUUUGGAGGAGAUGCUGUGGAUGUCGCGCUGUUUUUGCCGGCUGCCAGUGACGCAACAUCUCACACGGACUGCAUGAGAAAUACAUGCGUCGAAGGGCGUGAACUUGCAGCCACUAACCGCCUCCUUAUUAAUAAAGCAUCUACUUAUUUAUAAGAAGCCGGCUUGCUCCCGUGGCGUCCUCACAGCCGUCAUUCAGCCAAAAACUCGUAUCCCGGGGACAUAAUGGAUCUGAAAGCGGACUCGGAGGACAUGGUGGACUACAAGCAGCCCGCUCCCAUUGAAGUUUUCGCCACCAGGUCCACGCUGCACGGCAUCUCGCACAUGUUCACCUACGAGCGGAUGUGCAUCAAGCGGAGCCUGUGGAUUCUGUUUUUCAUGGCUUCCGUGGGCGUCCUGGUGAUGGUGUGCGUGGACCGCGUGCAGUUCUACUUCGAGUACCCCCACGUUACCAAGCUGGACGAGGUGGCCGCCACGAUGAUCACCUUCCCCUCCAUCACCUUCUGCAACCUCAACUCCUUCCGCUUCAGCCGCGUGACGCGCAACGACCUGUACCACGCAGGGGAGCUGCUCGCCUUGCUCAACGGCAGGUAUGAGAUCCGCGACCCACACUUGGUGGAGGAAAACGUCCUGCAAGUCCUGAAGGACAGAGCGGACUUUGACAACUACAAGCCUCGUCCUUUCAACAUGCGUGAAUUCUACGACCGGACAGGUCACGACAUCAAGGACAUGCUGCUGGCCUGCUCCUACAGAGGCAUGGAGUGCAGCGCCGAAGACUUCAAAGUGAUAUUCACACGCUAUGGAAAAUGUUACACGUUCAAUUCGGGCCAAGACGGGCGACCCCUGCUGGUGACGAUGAAGGGUGGGACCGGCAAUGGCCUGGAGCUGAUGUUGGACAUCCAGCAGGAUGAAUACCUGCCUGUAUGGGGAGAGACGGACGAGACAUCGUUCGAAGCGGGGAUCAAAGUUCAGAUCCACACCCAGGACGAGCCGCCAUUCAUAGACCAGCUGGGCUUUGGAGUGGCGCCGGGGUUUCAGACCUUUGUCUCUUGUCAGGAGCAACGGCUGACGUACCUGCCGCCGCCAUGGGGGGACUGCAAAGCCACGCCGAUGGAUUCAGACUUCUUCAGCUCCUACAGCAUCACAGCAUGCCGCAUCGACUGUGAAACCAGAUACCUGGUGGAGAACUGCAACUGCAGGAUGGUCCACAUGCCAGGAGAUGCCCCUUACUGCACCCCGGAGCAGUACAAGGAGUGUGCAGAUCCUGCCUUGGACUUUCUUGUCGAGAGAGACAAUGACUACUGUGUGUGUGAGACGCCGUGCAACCUGACACGAUAUGGUAAAGAGCUGUCCUUUGUCAAGAUACCCAGCAAAGCGUCGGCCAAGUACCUCGCCAAGAAAUUCAACAAGACAGAGCAGUAUAUAGCCGAUAACAUCCUGGUUUUGGAUAUUUACUUUGAAGCACUGAACUACGAAACCAUCGAACAAAAGAAAGCCUACGAAUUGGCAGGCCUUCUGGGUGAUAUAGGAGGCCAGAUGGGUCUCUUCAUCGGGGCCAGCAUCCUCACUGUUCUUGAGCUCUUCGACUAUCUAUACGAGGUGAUCAAGUACAAGCUGUGCCGGUGCAUGAAGAAGAAACACAAAGGCCGCAGCAACAACGACCGGGGAGCUGUGCUGAGCCUGGAUGAUGUGAAACGCCAUGCUCCUUGCGAGAACCUGCGUACGCCAUCGACGUAUCCUGGCAACAUGCUACCUCAUCAUCCAGGCCAGGGUAACUUUGAAGACUUCACUUGUUGAACAGACCUGGGUGGAGCAUCAAAGUGCGCGUUAUGCAACCAAAGCCAACCAUACAACAAGAACUAUCCGACGCAGGGGGGAGUGAGGAACUGAUACGAAAUCUAGCUGAGGUACUUUUUACAGACAAAGAAGAAAAAAAAACUGAAUAAAACUGACAAAUCAAACAUGACAAAGAAUUUUUCCCCCAAGGCCAAGUGGAAGUCCUGAAUAGGAAAAAGACAACAACAAAAAAAUCUGUUAAUUUUCUGGAGAACAUUUCAUGCAGCUCUCUUCAACUCUGUGUUUUUUCCUCCGGAAUACUGCCGCAAAGGAUGCUCAUGGAGAAACCUUACCAACAAGGACCUCUCUCUUUUUCUCUCUCUCUCUCUUUCAAAAAGACAAAAAAAUGCAAAAAGAAACAAGGGAUAAUGUACAAAUAUAUCACCAUAGACGACAGAUCA